AUGAGCAUCUCCAACAAACGAAUCGCCGUCGUGGGCGGCGGCCUCUGCGGCAUGGCCCUCAUGAACUCGGCCUUGCAAGCCGGCCUACCCAACAUUCACCUCUAUGAAGCCGCAUCACAGUUCACCGAGGUUGGCGCUGGUGUCAACAUUACCCGCAAUGCGAAUCGCAUCCUCGACGCCUUUGGUAUCGGGCCCGACAUGCUCCUCAAGUCAUCCCGCGACCCGCCAUGCUACAUGGAAUACCACCAUUACCGGACCGGAGAAUACCUCGGCCACAUUGAUGAGUUUGGAGAGCCGGCAUCGCGUCAGAUUCAUCGUGCGCACAUGAUUGAAGCCCUCCAAAAGAAUGUUCCCGACUCGAACAUUUCUCUAGGAAAGCGCCUGUCAGGAAUCUCGUGGAGUACCAACAAGGCUUGCUACGAGCUUUCUUUCCAAGAUGGGACUGUAGCCGAAGCCGACAUCAUCAUUGGGUGUGACGGUAUCAAAAGUGUUGUCCGCCAGCACCUCGGUCUCACGGAUCAUCCCGUCUUCUCUGGGCAAAUGGUUUACCGUGGCUAUGUGAGCUACGAUGACCUGACUCCAGACACUGCCAAGUUACUGAGAAAGACGGUCACCUUUAGAGGUCAUGGAAAACACGUGCUGACGCUGCCGAUUGGCAAUGAUGAGACCAAGACUGCCCGAGUCGGCAUUAUUGGCUUCAUGACGGAGCCUCUGGAAAGAUGGACCUCGGAGGCCUGGUUGUCUACGGCUCCGAUUGACGACUUGUAUGAACAUGUCAAGGAUUGGACUGGGCCGGUACAAGAGAUAAUAGAUGGAUUGAGAAAGAGUUCCUCGGAUGACAAGAUGCUCAAGCAGGCUCUCUAUGUCCGAGAACCAACACCCAAAUGGUUCAGCAUACAAGAGGACCAUCCCGAGUCUGGCAUUAUUCUGAUUGGAGAUUCUGCACACUCUACACUUCCACAUCAAGGCCAAGGAGCAUGCCAAGCCAUUGAAUCGGGGUUCGCCCUAGCCCAGACUCUCAAGAACUGGGAGGGGAAUUCUCUGGAAGCUGCGUUUCAAUUCUUUCAAGAUUUCCGCAAGCCGCGGACAGAUCGCAUCACACGGACGAGCGCAGAGACGGGAAAGAUGGCUAGUGCAGACAUUCCCGAGGAGCAAUGGGCGGCGUCGUUUAGUCCAGAUGUGGUGAGUGAGAGAAUGAAGUGGGUGAUGGAAUAUGACCUUCUCAGUGAUCUCGCCUCGAAACUACCCAUGUUUGCCCAAUCUGUAUCUAAAUCCGAGGAACGGAAGGGUGCGACGGUGGUACAGGUUUGA